AUGGAGAAUAAGGCGAGACGAAUGCAUUUUCAACCUGCUCUGGGAGCCGCCAAUUCAGAAGUCACCGUUUGUCGAGAUAGUCAAUCCCUUUACGCCGAGGAUGAGCCUGGUACUCUUGGAAUUGAAGGUUAA